UGCUGGGAAGAGAGGGAGAGAGAAAAAAAAAAGAAUGCAAUGAACUGUUCAGAACCAAGGUCAUUCUGGACAACGGUAUUUACCUUGAUAGGAAUCGUUGAGUUGUACUUAGAAAUUUGUGGUUCAUAGGCCGUUAUCGUAGUGGUGUUAUCGACGGGAACUUCCAAAGAAGAAAGUUGCCUAUGGUGUAAUCACUAAACAGGGACCAUUAUGAAUGGAAAUACUUUGCGGUUGCGAGUAGAGCGUGACGAUUACAGAUAACCAACUAAUUGGAUCAUGAAUUAAAAGACCAGAAAUGUUGACCUUCGCUUAGCCCAUUGGAUUGUUUUCUUCGUGACAUGUGCCCUUUCGUCAAAUGAUUGUUGUGUUGAGUAUGAAGGUUUUAUUGGAUAAUCCACCACAGUUUAGAAUUUAAACUUAGCUUUAUUUUUACUUCGGACCUCCUGUUGAAUCGACCACUACAGAAUAAGCGACGGAAAUUGCUAUUGCUGUGAUUUAUCGGAUAGUUGAUUAAGACAGCACCAAUGGUUCGCCCGUUCUCAACAGAAUGGCUCGUAUCCUUCAAAGAUCCUCGAGUUCUUUGGCAAGAACACUGGUUUGCCUUGAGUCUCGAAGUCUUAAACGCAGCAAUCGUAUUUCUUUUACUGAGGAAUGCCAAAAGGAAAGGAUGCGAAUCCUUUUAUGUGACCAUAGCGGCAAUGAUUUCUGUCUGCACCUUUGAAAUCCUCCCCCUAUACCCUGAGGAAGGAUACAAACUGUGGUGGUAUCAUCAUGGAAUUAUCAACGUACUGAACCAGAGAGUGCCAUCCUACAUAAUCACUUCAUUUGCCAUUGUCCACUAUGUGGCCCAUAAUCUCACAAAGAAAAGCAAUCUUCCGACCUACACAAGAGCCUUCAUAUCUGCUGUAGCUGGCUUGCUUAUGUAUCUGCCCUACGUCUGGCUGGCACCCCGGGCCUUGCUCUCACUGGUCCAUUUUGAUGAUCCAAUUUUCAGAACCAGACUGCUGGACGUACCUUACAUGCAGAUGCUUGUUCUGUUUCUUCUCUUCUUCCAUACUACGCAGCUAUCGUUGGAGAAUUUUGAAGCAUUGGAGCCACAAGAAAGAAAUUCUAACAAUUACUUAUGGUGUUCCCUCGUAUCUGGACUCGUCUCUGGGUUUUACACCAUUAUUGAACAAUACCUGUUAUACCUGAUAUUUGACCUGACCUUGGGAUUGAACAUCGCAGUAGGUUUUCUGGUGGCUUUAGCAAUAACUUUUUCAAUUGCCAAGGAGGAAGUGAAAGCAUUGAAAGACAAAUCUUUCACCAUUGCAGGGGCGUUUCAACCACUGAAGAGUAAGGUAUUCUGGGGUGCUGCGGCUUUAAUGCUUUUUUCCUCAACCCUACCCCUGUGGUUGAAGGUCAGAGAUUUGAAAUCCUCAAGUGCCAAACUGGAACUGGGGCCCUGUCAUGCUAUUCAUGAAGUGUCAAAUACUUCUCCAUUAGACAUAAAGAGGCGUCAGUACAUUUGUCCGGAAGAUGGAAAUCACAAUUUCGACUUCCACUGUGUGGAUCCUGUGGCUCUACAAUUUGGCAUCAAGAACAGAGUGAACCAAUACACUGUGUGUGGAAAAGAAUUCGAUAAUCCGGUACAAAUAUCGACGGCAUUAUCAGUGUAUUCGGCAGUACUCCUAUUUGCUAUCUACAUUGUAAUGCGUUUCUCUUUUAACCAUAAAGAGGAAAAGAAAAUUGAACAAUAUUGCUCAAAAUCACUCUAAUUUGUCAGACAAGAAAUGAAUAUGCAGAUUUUUUUUCCUGUCAACUUCUUGUACAAAGCCAUGUUUCUUGAGGAAACGUGCAGCAUUUGUAUCCAUAUGUCUUUGAACGUGUAUUUCCAUUUGUAAAGAGAUUUGUAUUAUCUGUCUUCCAAGUAUGGAUGGACUGUAAAAUUUGUUCAUGUUAUUUAAUAUUUUACUUGGUUUUUAGGUUUUGUGCAACUUAUUUUGUAAAUAAAUCAUAUGUUAUGUUAGA